GAAAAAAACAUCAAGCGUGUUUCACACAAACGACUGCUAUUGCACAUCGCCCUCUGCUUUUCAUUUGUUGUUGUUGUUUUUCGUGGUCCUCUCGCCCCCACUGCAUCACUGGACGGAAGCACACACGCGACAGGGGGAAAGGAACGUCGCUGAAGCCAAGAGUCGCAACGGCGUAAAGGAGAAGGAAACGAUAAAACCGCUGUUUGCUUUCCAGCAAAUCGAAGAAGCCCCUUCCUUUUACUCGUAGUAGACGUAGACGACGCAGUACUGCCAUCGUACAACUGACCGUGUCGGGUCGAUCCGUACCAGCGACACACGCACGGUCUGAGAUUGUGAUACUUUACGAGACAAAAAAGCGGGUUGCGCAGUACAUCGCACAGGAUGGACAAGACAGAGUCGGAUCGUCAGCGCCAGGCCCUCAUCGAGGGCUUCGUAAACAUGUCCGAGGUGGACGGCAUGGACACCGGCAAGGGCGAGGACUUCCUCUUCACGGGUCAGUCCGGCAAAGGUCAGGACUACGUGGACAUGGAUGCAGAGGACGACAGUGGUAUCCGGCUUGGCAACGCUGAGCUGAAGGAGAACACAAACAUUUAUAAAUCGGCCUUCCACAUCUUCAAGGCGAACGUCGGCACGGGUGUCUUCAUGCUCCCUACCUUCUACCCCGAUGCGGGGUACGUCGUUGGUGUGAUCUUAGGUAUCUUCAUCGGCUCCGUGGUGAUCGAUUGCACACAGCUGCUUAUUCACGUGAAGGUGACGAUCAACCGCCGCGACGUGACGACGUACUCGCAGGUGUGCCGCUACGUCUGCGGCAAAGGUCUUGGCUGGUUCCUCUUCGUGGCGAUGUGCCUCACGCAGUUCGGUUUCUGCCUCAUGUACUCGCAGCUCUUCGCUGAGACGAUGGGCGAGCUCGUCACCUUCAACGGUUCCAAGUACCUGUGGGUAUCGCUGAUCUUGAUGAUGGCCUUCCCGAUGACGUGCUUCUCCGACAACCUGUCUCUGCUCGCCAUGGCCUCCGUCAUCGCCACUGUCGGCGUCUUCUACGCGCUCAUCUGCUGUCUAGUUGAGACGUGCAAGGUACUCGCGCAGAAGGGCAUUCACCCCUCCAUCAAUCCCGCGGGUAACCGCAUCCCGGUAGGCUGGUUCAACAACCUCGCGAACAACAUGAUGGUGCUGGAGGGGAUUGCGAUUGUCCUGCCGGUGCACGCCGCGUGCACGCAGAAGAAACUCGUGCCUAUGAUGGUGACCUGCGUGAUUAUCUGUGUCAUCGUGUGGUACCUGAUCUUCGGUCUGACCGGCUACCUGGCGCACGGCACGACCAUGACGACGUCGCUGAUCGCCGCGGUGGAGCACUCCCCGUGGGGGACGAGCAUCCGUGCCUUCUUCCUCGUGAACGUCAUCUUCACCUACCCGCUGCAGUUCAUGUCCGCCAUGCAGCUGAUCGAUCAACUAGUCGGCUGCAAGCCGCGCAGCUGGAUCGGCAUGGGCCUUCGCCUCCUCAUCAAUUUGAUCGUCUGGGCCCUCGCCAUGGCGAUGCCGACCUCUGCGGUGAACGUCGUUGUCGGCUUGAUCGGCGCGCUGCCGUCCGCCUGCAUGGUGAUGAUCAUCCCCUCUCUUCUCGCCCUCCACGUCGACUACGCCGUGGAGCACCCAGAUGAGAACCGCAACACCGCCGCCUACUGGAAGCGCAUCUUCGUGAAGAAGCCGUGCUUCACGCUGGUCCGCGUUCGGGCCUUCAUUUAUUUCGUGAUCGCGCUGUUGAUCAUGGUCAUCGGUACGUACAGCAUCUUCUCGGGUUUGUGA